AUGUCAUCUGGAUUGAGGGAUUCCAUGGGAGGAACAAAAUCACCUUACUUUUCUCCUAAAAAAACACAAAACUUGACCAAACAACAAGGUCUUAAUCUUCUGCAAAAGGUGACCAAGGCCAGUAAAUCUACAUUCACUACAUCCGAUGUUAAAUCUGCUUGUGCUUCCAAAUCAAAAAUUAAUAAUGUUUCAGUUCAAAUCAGUAAUGGUUAUUCAGAAACCAAGAUUAAAAAGCAUGGUAAUAUAAGGAAAGCUAACAUACGUAUCGAUGCUGAAACUAAUACAAAGAUUUCAGUAAAAAAAUCUGAAGAAAAUCUGAUGCAACCGACGAGUACCGAAAAAACUCCGGAAAAAAUCGGUCACUCAUCCCAAAAGACAAUCUGUAGUAGUGAAAACUUAUUUGAAAGUACCACAGCCAAGCUAGCAGAAGGAACUGCUGAACAUGAAAUAAAAAUUAAAUUGGAACCGCCGGAUGACGUUGUGCAGACCGUGUCUGAAAAAACGCCGAUAAAACAAGAAUCUACGAAGAUAUUACCUCCUAUCAAAAGGGAACUCGUUGACGGAGAAGAUGAUUUGAAUGAUGUCAAAGAGCAAAAAUGGGAACCCGAGAAUUGGCGACAAAUGAUGGAAAACAUUCGCAAAAUGCGCUUAGAAAAUUUGGCUCCCGUAGAUACGAUGGGCUGUGAUCAAUUUUCGCAAGACACAGAGAAUGUAUUUUCGGAUCGUAUCAAAAGAUACCAUUGUCUCGUUUCUCUCAUGCUGUCCAGCCAAACUAAAGAUCAAGCCAACUACGAGUGCAUGUUGCGGCUCAAGAAACAUGGUCUCACGCCGGAAUCAAUAGCAGCCACCGAAGACAAUGUUUUGCAAAAUUUAAUAUUUCCCAUCAGUUUCUACAAGAACAAAACCAAAUUCAUUAAACAGACGUCUCAAAUUCUCAUCGACCAGUACGAAGGGGAUAUUCCAAAAAACAUCGAGGACCUGUUGAAGCUACCAGGAGUUGGUAAAAAAAUGGCUCAUCUUUGCAUGCGUUCCGCUUGGAACGUUGUGACGGGCAUCGGCGUGGAUACGCACGUGCAUCGCAUUUCAAAUUUGCUGCUUUGGGUACCGAGAGAAACGAAAAAUCCGGAACAAACACGGAAAGCAUUGGAGAAAUGGUUGCCAUUCGAAAUGUGGGAAGAGGUGAACCACAUGCUCGUAGGGUUUGGUCAAACUAUUUGUACUAACAGGUUUCCUCGAUGCCGUGACUGUUUGAAUGCGUCGAUAUGUCCGGCUUUCGAUAAACAGCCGAUGCGUAAAACACCUAUCAAGAAAAUGGGUAAAAUGGAAGAUCUAGAAUUUUAGGAUUGUUAAUUUUCAUUCUGAUUGAUUAUUGUGUAACGUUCAAUCA